GAUUACUUUGUUUCGUCACUCGAGUCCAAGACGAUAAUACGCCGCACUUGCAACAUAUCGCAUCACACUGUCGCCUUCACUAUGGCAUCCUCAAAAGGUCUGCAGCUUCGGCUGCCUCGUCCCCAGAAUUUCCUCGGCCUCAUCAGCCUCCAAACCGGCACUGAGCUUAUUGCCCUCGCUCUCCUCUUCAACAAAGUCACGGGCCUCUAUGGCCUCCUUGCCAUCCUGACGGGCUAUCACAUCUCGAUCCUCCAGCUGUCGCUCUACAUCUACUCGACCGCCGCCCUUAUCCUGCUCGCCUUCUGCAUGCCGCACAUCCGGAAACAGACGCCCUUCCAGUGUGUCGCGCUUGCGUGGCUCUAUGUCAUCGAUACCUUUAUCAACACUGCGUACACCACCGCCUUUGCCGUGACGUGGUAUCUGGCCAACGGCAGCGGUGUUGCUGGGAAGAAGGAUGACAUUAAAUCGGAAGAUCCGGAUCAGCAGCCGGGUGCGGAGGGUUUCAUGGGCGCAGUCGACACUACGACGAGCAUGACGUUGAUUGUCCUGUUUACACUUGUUCGGGUCUACUUCAUGUUGGUGGUCAUGGCGCACGUACGACUGGUACUGCUUCAGUACACGGAGGGCAGAGAACAGGGUUUCGGUGACGAUGCUGGGCGGGCUAACGAGGGCCUCUUUGCGGAAGACUCCCCCGAAGGUGCGGGCUGGAGGGGCAAGGUUGGCAGGGCCAUGAUCUCGGUUGGUCGGAGCUACUGGGUCGGUCCGGCUGAGGGUGAUGAGUGGACGCGCAGUAUGAAGGGCAAGUUUAGCAACCAAAAGGUUAUCGCUGCGUAGAGGGUUGGUAGUGUUUAUUUUGCGACAUUAAUGUUUAGCACGGGCUUGGCUAUGUAAAUAACAGUACAUGCAGAUUCCAAAUUAUUCCUCCUAUUGACGUUACCUCUACACUAGAGUACGUGAAAGCCACGAAGCUGACGUGAGUACCCGGUUAUGUGCCGCAUUCGCUUGGUAAGCAACGCUUCGUCACUCAAGAUGCUUUACGUAAGCGAAGUCGUCGGUGGCCACACGGAUGUCGGGGUUAGAGGGCGGCUGUCAUGCGAAUCGUUCAAGUCAGCCUUUUAUCGUCCAUAAUUGAUACUGGAUAGAUACUAAGGGUCCCACGACGUCUAUUACCAUGCAAACGGGCUGACAGCGAGUAGUUGGUGAUGUUGAUGCG